AUGCAGGUGCGCACAAAGAAGCCGGUUUGGUUUCUGUUCAAGUUGAUGGAACUAUUGUUGAGCCUCGGAUGCUGCAUUAUCCACUGGCGCUGUUUCAUGGAGGAGGGUGUUCCGCACAUAUUUAUUCUAUGCGGAACUUAUGGCGGAUCUGUGAUUAUCUGUUUGCUGUCCUUGAUCGGAGCAUUUUAUGCGGAGCGUCCGACGAUGAAGCAUGAAGCUGCAUUUGGAGGCAUGUUGGGUGUCCUACACAUUUUCACAGUAUACGCCCAUAUGUAUAUGGCCACGUUGGAGGAGUUUCAAACUGAUAAAUGGCCUAAUUUCUACAUGUGCUGCCGGGAUAACGCCUUGAUAGCCCUCUACGCAGGCGCAAUUUAUCUGUUACACUGCACCUUCGCUUUGGAUUUAAUGAUCUCCCACAAACAGAGGAAGAUGCGUACUCAGAGGAGCAAGAGACCUCUCCGGCUGUACUUCAUCAGUCCGGGAGCGGAGGCCUAUUUAAGUCGUUUCUGGUGGUAUCAACGCAUUGCCGCCAACUUGUUGACCAGUGCCCAUGCAUCGGAGCACUCCAGCCGAAAAAAUUAUAGCUUCUCCGACUCCUCUGAAUCCGACUCGGAAGCCACGGAGAUGGGCAUAAAAGAUAAAGAAUCAUUUUUAAAAUAGCUUAUUUUGUUUUUUAUUUAAAUUUUACUUAAAUUGAAUUAAAAUUAGCAUAUAUGA